UCAGUGACAUGCAGGGCGUAGAAAAAUGCCUUCUAAGGUUUUUGAAAAGGGAAAAAGCAUAGUGAAUGCUUUUCUAAAGUUUGCUAAAGUUUGAAAAGGCAUAGAAAAUGCUUUUCUAAGGGUUGAAAAGGUGUUUUUCCAUGUUUCACUUCACAAGUAAAGUGUUUUGUUAUUAAUAUGUGUGGGAAUACGAGGAAAAGACCGCGAAAACUGGGUAUAAAAAGAGACGCCAAGAACUCCACCACGGCGUGAAAACCCGACUACACUGAGGACAGACUCGGAUCCACAACCUGCAGUAUCAGAUCCAGCGGACUCAAUCAUCAUUCCAGACACACCUCCAACCUCACCAACAGAACAGCAACCUCCUUCUGUGCCAGUUCUGCUGGCUGCAGAUCCACAGCCAUCUACAUCCUACAGCCAUGCUGCAACCAACGUACUCUGGGCACCGCAGAAGCCUGUACAACGCCGUGCUCGAAAAGUGACGGCGAAGAACACAACUGCCAAGCGGUUGUUUAAUGAGGUCCAUCAAAACGCAGCAACCCCAGCACCACUGCAUAGGAGUGAGGAGACAAACCCGCUACCAGAAAGUCAGAGGGGGCCAGAACAACAACUGCAUAUAAGUGAGGAGACAAACCUGCCACCUGAAAGUCAGAGCGGGCCGAAACGGUUGAAACCACCCCACGUCACUCUUCUGCUUCUGUGUCAAGUAGUACAAACUUUCAUGUCCUCUGUUUUAACCUUGUGUGAGAAAAUGUAAAUUUAAAAAAAAACUGCAAGGUGUGACAUUUCCCCCUUAAACAUGGAUAAAGAAGUAGAUCCUGAUCUUGAUGAAAUAGCGAUAGCUUUAGGUCAAUUAAAUCCUACCCCUGUCCCCUCUCACAUAGAUGUUAGACAUAAUCUAGAUGAUUCCUCUUUUGCAUUCACAAAAUCAGAAUCACAAAACAGUUACUCUAAUGACCCUCUGAGACCGAUUGAAAUGGCGCUUCAGCAUUUAAACGACCAGACAGAGCCUCAUUCUCCACUCUCACCAGAUUCUCAUCAGGAUUUGAUUGAGAUUUUUUCACUACCAACCUCUUCUUCAGAAGAGUCACAAAGACCUCCGGCUCAUCAGCGAGGUCACGGUGUAGGGGAUGAUGAGACCAGAUCAACUUCACACGACCGCUUUAACACAGUGGUCAUGCGGCGCGCUUUCACAGUACCCGAACCCGCUGCCGAACCGAAUCUUGCUCAGUUUUAUUCUGAUGUGAUGGGGAUAAUUCAUGGGUUAUCUCUGGAGGCUGAAUUACAUGCUAGACGAAAUGACAUCAUUCAGCUGGAGGUGGUAGGUGAAAAUGUGCGAGACCACGUCUCUGUUGUUGUUGAUGAUCAAGGUGGAAAUGUUCUUCCUGCUUUUGAAGGUUUGCUUGACCGGUUAGUGCAGUCUAACAACAGCAUUGUCGCAGAUGAGAAUGUGGAAUUUGUUGUUCAGGUUGUACGUAAUCCCAGGGGCGGUGGAAAACGUAAGCUUGCACGAACUCUAGAUUGUGAAAUUGCCACCAAAAAAAAACGCUGCUUGUACAUUGUGCUGAAUCGCAAAGAUCAGCUCUGCUUUGCCAUCAGUCUAGCUCACGUGAUGCAUCCAGAUCACACAGUUAACCAGUGUGUAAAACUGGCCCGUGAGUUGCAGCGUCAAGCCGGUCUGGAUGAGCAGACCCCCGUCACUUUUGGUGAUGUGAGCAGGUUUGAAGAAAUUGUCAAACGUAAAAUUGUGAUUUUUUAUCCGACAUCUCACAGUCAACCCCUCUCACAUUUUGAGACAGACUACCCAGAUCGCUCCAGACCGUUGUUUUUGUUUUUACUGCAAAACCAUUACUACGGUAUAAAGAAUCUCAAAGCUUUUAUAGGUGCAAAAUUUGUCUGCCAUCAUUGCUACAAGGGUUUUGACUGCUCCUAUGUGCACAGUUGCCGAGGUUACUGUCAGGUUUGUAAUGACCCUAUUUGUCCUACAGAAGACCUCCAGCCUUUGCACUGCUCAGACUGCAACAGGAUCUGUCGCUCGAUCUCCUGUUUUGCUAGACACAAAGAGACUAAACCGAGUCAUUUGAACAGACAACCCUCCGCUCUCUGUGACAGGGUAAAAAAAUGUACGCGGUGCAAACUAUGCUACUACGUUAACAUGCACACAGGCAAGGCGACGCAUAGCUGCAGCACCAAAUGCAAAAUUUGUGGAGAAAAAUUACCGGCCGGGUCUGAUGUAAUCCUCGGUAAUCACCAAUGCUACAUUCAACCGCUCUCACAAAUAAAUGAUCAUCCUGAUUUGGUUUUUUAUGAUUUUGAAACAUUUGUGAACGAGAAAGGCGAGCACAUCCCCUUUCUAGUCUGUGCAAAAACAUUGAAAGGUACGGAGAAGGUGUUUUAUGGUCUGCAGUGUGUUAAACAUUUUCUUCUGCAUUUCAGAAGCAACCGCUACCGAAGAAAUGUUUUUAUUGCACAUAAUGCUAGAGGAUUUGACGGCUACCUGAUUUUGAGGGGCAUGCUGAAAGAAGGUGUAGUACCGCAGCAGAUUCUCAUGACUGGAAGUAAACUUCUCAGUUUUGAGGAACCCCACUAUCAACUAAAAUUCAUUGACUCUCUUUCUUUCCUAGCCAUGAGGCUCAGUGCUAUGCCAAAGGCUCUGGGCUUCACCGACCAGAUCAAGGGGUACUUUCCACACCAUUUCAGCUCAGCGGGGCGUCUUGGGUAUGUGGGAGUCUACCCUUUGCCAGCCGAAUAUGGCACAGAACGCAUGACACUGACCGAGCAGAAAGAGUUUUAUGAGUGGUACGGUCAAGUCAGUCGCGGCACCUUCGAUUUCAGGAAGGAGGCCGUGCGUUACUGUAAAAAUGAUGUUGACAUUCUGUCCAAGGCCUGUGUUCGAUUCAGAGAACAGUUUCUCAGCGAAACGGGGGUGGAUCCGUUUGGUUCGAUCACUAUUGCCUCUGCUUGCAUGAGGGUGUUUCUUACCAAAUUUCUACAGCCCAAUACUCUCGCUAUACCAUGCCCGUACGAGUACAGAGGUCAGUGUAAAAGAUUCUCGGAGCCCUCCAUUCAGUGGUUAGAGUGGGUCAUGCACAAACAGAAAAUCUUUAUCCAGCACGCUCUGAACUUGGGGGAAAAACAGAUUGGUUCUUUUUUUGUGGACGGUUAUGCAGAGAUUGAUGGUGUAAAAUGUGUUUGGGAGUUUCACGGUUGCUUUUACCACGGGUGUCCUAGCUGUUUCUCUCCUACAGAGACCUGCACCUUGAGAGGCGUUUCCUUUGGGGAACUGCAUGUGGCCGGUGAGGACAGAGUGCGCAGGUUGGAAUCUCAACAUGGCAUCCGAGUUGUUGUCAUGAGAGAACAUGUGUGGAAUGAGAUGAAAAAAUCCUGUGCAGAGGUGAAAGAGUUUCUCAGUGUUUUUGACCCCCCUGAACCUCUCUCCCCACGCAAAGCCCUUUACGGGGGCAGAACGUGUGCCCUAAAAUUGAGACACACGGCUGAACCUGAAGAACAGAUUCACUAUGUGGACUUUACGUCUCUUUAUCCAUUUGUUAACAGCACCUGUUCUUAUCCGCUAGGUCACCCAACCAUCAUCUACAAAGAUUUUGGGGAUCCUAGAGACUACUAUGGGUUCAUUCGUGCCACCGUCUACCCGCCGCGUGGGCUAUUUUUCCCUGUUUUACCUUACAAAACCUCACAGGGUAAACUCAUCUUCACACUUUGCAGAACCUGUGCAGAAAAUAACCAUCAAGAGGGCCCCUGUCAUCACGACGAUGAGGCCAGAGCAUUGACAGGGGUGUGGGUGAGUGUGGAGUUUCACAAGGCUUUGGAGAUGGGUUACAGAGUCGGUAAAAUAACAGAGGUUUAGCACUUUCCAGACAGUAGUGACAGGGUGUUUGUGGACUACAUACACACAUUUCUGAAAGGAAAGCAGGAAGCUUCAGGUUAUCCUCCAGAGGCUUCAGAUGAAGUCAGCAGGGAGGAAUACAUCAGGGACUAUCAGGUUCAUCAAAACAUCCAAUUAGAUCCUACCAAAAUUGAGAAAAAUCCUGUCAAAAGGCAGGUGGCUAAACUGUGUCUCAACAGCCUCUGGGGAAAAUUUGCACAGAGACAUAAUCUGCUUCAGACCUGCAUCGUCACAGAACCCGAAGAAUUUUUCAACUACCUGUUUUCGGGUAAAUACAAAGUAGAGUACUUUCAGGUCCUUGACAGCGAGAGAGCUUUACUUCAGUGGAAAUACACUGAGCGCUGCAUUCAACCUCCGGGUAGGCAGAGUAAUGUCUUUCUAGCUGCAUUCACCACAGCACACGCACGACUCAAGUUGUACAGCUAUCUGGAAAAGCUGCAAGAGAUAAAAAAAAUAAAAUAGGUGGCAAAUCAAAGCAAACCUCAACAUCUAUGAAUUGUGGGAUUUGGACGCUGUCUGAUCUUUCCAAUACUAUCAGAUCAAAUAGCUUAUUUGUCACCCACAUUUAUGGUUAAGUAACAUAUGAUGUAAAUACUAACCCUGGCUUCAGCAAGCAUCUGGUCAUGUCUCAUUUCAAUCGCCAUUCGCCUCCCCUCUUUGUAGUGGGGAUUCUGGGGGUCAAGGGUCUGUCUGUUGUCCAUUGCAGAAAACAUAUACAGACAAACAAAUAAACAGGUACGGACAAACAGAUAAAGAUAAACAAAUAAACAAGUGCAGACAAACAGGCAGACUUACUAUACAAAGAAUUUACGGAUGGCUGACGAGGACACUGACACUGCUACAGGGAUAAACAGACAGACAGAUGAAUAGAAAGACAGAAAUGGACAGAUAGAAAGAUAGAAAGAUAUGGCUCUUAAAAGUGCCUUUGGGUUUGCUUUUCUAGUUGACGCAGAGGUGAAAGGUCAGGGGAUGGAUGAAACAGCAACUAAAAGGAGAACAGAGACAAAUACUUAGUAGCUGUGUUUGUAUUUACAGAAAGGUUUAAAAAGCAACUGAAUGAACCACAGUUUCCUAAUCUUAUGAGUAAAAACAAAGUUCCCGUUUUUUCUCAAUCAACAUAGAAGGUUUAAGGGAGCCGAAUAGGAAAUUAUGACUUAUUAUGACAAUGUUAUCACCCUACGUGGGAAUAACCGGCUACUGAUAUUAGUGUACACACAGGUGUCUUAGGCCCCAUCCACACGAAGACAAAACGCUUAACAGUUUCAAAAACGAUCGCCAUAAAGACGAAGGCGUCGGAGGAAGUUGUGUCCGUCUCCAUGAAUGCACUCGAUACGCAUGGAAACGCUGUAGAACACAUGCCGGACCUCUAGGGGCGCUGUAACGAUAUGACGGAAACAGAAGAAAAAACAGUGGACAUGCGCACUUGCGGCAAAAGUUGUAAACACCAAGCCGGGAAAGUAAACAAAGUGCUGUAAUGUGUCCUCGAUAAUUGUUUGUUCAACUCGGUGGUGAUUGAGAAGAAGGAGCUUUUGCUGCAACAGGGAUAGUAGGGUCACUAGCUUCAUCAGCACAUUUGCUACACUGUACGCCGCCAUUGCCGUCGUCUUUGCCGCGUGUGUGGCGCAUGUGUAUCAAUGAAGUUAUGAAACUAUGGAGCAAGCGUAUCAGUGGAUAGCCAGUAAACACGGAGCCGCGUAAACGGCGUUUCAAAAUCUUUCCACUCUGGAACCUGGUUUCAAAAAUGAGAGUUUACAGACCCCCAAAACGCCGUCUUCGUGUGGAAACUUAUGCGUUUAGACCUCGUUUUGUCUUCGUGUGGAUGGGGCCUUAAGCUAGCUAGACAAACGUUACAAAACAUCGCUAUUUUUAGGCACAAAAAGUACAAUAUCAUUUCCGUAUGGUCAGGUUUAAUACCUGAAAACAAAACGAAUCAUUGCUUUAAUACGUAUACCAUGUGCUUGACGAGAUAGACAACAAAACACCAGCAGCGUAGUAACACAUCUUACCUGGAGAGGGGUUAGCGGAGAAAGGGCAGAUUCUUCUCUCGGGGAGUGGGUCGAGGGCGGGUCGCGGACACUGUUGCCAACUCCUCAGUAAGGAAAGUCGCUAUUGGCUGUCCUACAAGUCGCUAGAAGUCGCUAAAUGACGUCAUUGUCUAAUUUGCAUAUUUCCCAGUUUGCAUGUAAUUGUAAUCAACGUUGUAGGAGAGAGGAACAACGUUGUGGAAGAGACCAAAAAGUGAAUAAAAAACACCCAAAAUAUGUUUUUUCACUAGAGGCUAAAUGCUGUGGUUUAUUUUAGCAUGACAGUGAAGAAACAUUUUCGUUUAUAUGGCUCCGUAAGUCUGGAUGGGAUCUGUAGUGACUUUGCGCAUGCGCGAUUCAUCUGCCGUCUGGCCGCGGAGUGAUGUGGGGCUCCCCUCCCCUCCCCUCCCCUCCCCUCCCCUCACUGGGACUGCUGCCGGUUACUGGACUGACAGCCUGGUGUGAUUAAGAUUCAGAUAUGAAAACAAAAUCAAACCCGUUUGCAAACAAACAAACACUAACGUUUUUUAAUCUCAAAUACCCAAAUCCUGCAGCAAAAAUAAAGGAAUCACAUUAGAAAUAUGGGACGAUGUAAUGCAAAAUAUAGCGUUGGAUUCGCAACGCUUUUACAUUAAAAAUAUAACAUACCCAUUCAAAAAUGCCCUAACUCGCUUAAAUCUGACCGAGGAGAAACAUGACACACGAGGAAUAUUUGAUUAAUUAAACGUUCUAUUCAGAUGUGAUUAAGAUUCAGAUAUGAAAAUAAAAUCAAACCCGUUUGCAAACAAACAAACACUAAGCUGCAGUCAGUUCCAGCCAUUUUCAGUGCAAAAAAAUCGCUAAUAUUCUAUUUGUAAAUAAAAAAUAUGAAGAGAAGUACAGGGAAUAUUGGACGGGCAUCGCGAGGUGCAUUUCCUCGAAAACGACCGAUUCGUGGAGUAUAUACCGACUUCAGGACAUGUUUUGGACAAAAUAGUUUACUGACUUGUUUCGUCUGGAUGUCUAAGGUUGGAUUAUGGCCGUUUUUUGUGGAAUAUUUUCAUCUGUGUGUAAUAAUGAACCCGGAAAUGUGAGUCGCGCUGUGUACGUUGAAGCCGUGUAUAGAGAACGGAUGGAUGGAUAUUCGUUGUUUGUCUGACAAAUGUGUUUAUAUUACCCGGUGUGGUAAUCACAUCUGAAAGUGGUUUAUACCGGCGGAUUCAUGAGAAUCUAAGCUUUCCAUCGGCGUAUAGUGUUUAUAUAAUCGCGUUUGCAGAAAUUUUACUUUGACAUAAUUGAUGGCACAAUUUACCCCCAACAUGUUUUCUGCAAAGGCUCAACUAACUCCAAGUUUGUUCCCUUUGGAAAACCAUAUUCCUCAUAUACAGUGACUACACCAGUGUUUCAGCAUUUUACAUGAACCCAAACCCAUCCACUGUGUGCUUUCUUUACAGUAAAUAUGACAGUUAAAAAUUUAAAAAAUAACUGCUGCUUUGUUUACAUUUAAACAAAGUAGUGCUGAGACUGCUGUCAGAAUGUGACUACCUUGAUUUCAUUGCAUCGAAAAAACACCACCAUUCAUCCAAUCUGAUUCAAACUCCCCACUGCACUUCCUCAGGACCCCUGUAAUACCCCUACCAAGUUUGAGCAUGAUCUGAAGUACCGUUGUCAAGAUAUGCAAUGGUUUCUAUGCAGAAUGAACACCCCUAAAAAUAGUUCAGAAUGAGACAUUCUAGAAUUCAUGCUGCAUAUAAGUGUCAGUGUGCAGACAGUUGGGGACAGUGUCUUACGGAUUUCAGCAGGACAACAGGACUACUGGAAAUUAGCAGGACAUCGAGAUUAAACUCAUCAACCUUUCAACAAAGUCCAAAGAAGCCAACAUUUUUGAGUCUUCUGGGACAAAACAAAAAUGUACUUUCAAAGUUCAUCAUCAUCCUCAUCAUCAUCCUCAUCCUCAUCUUCCUCCGAGGGGAGUUCCUCAAGGCAGCGUUCCGAAGUCCCAACAGGCUACACGGUGGUGAAAGAACUGCGAGAUGGAAGCUAUGGAACAGUGCUGGAAUGUGUGAAAGACAACACUGAAGAGCACGUGGCUAUAAAGGUGCCCCAAAGGAACAAUCUUGACCAUGAGGCGAAAAUCCUGAAAAAGCUCAUGAGCCACAACUCAAAGGAGUCCAACAUCAUUGACUACAAAGGAGACAUCUUUGUAGAAAAUACGCGGCUCCUGGUGUUUGAAAAACUGGACAUCACCCUGUGGGACUAUGUGGAGAAUUUACCACAGCCAAUGCCACUGGAACACGUCCGUACAGUUAUCCAGCAGCUGGCUGUAGCUUUGAAAACAACAAAGAGUGCUGGCAUCAUCCACACUGAUGUGAAGGAGGAUAACAUCAUGAUGGUGGAUCACGUGAAGCAGCCCUUCAGGGUCAAGCUGAUUGACUUUGGUUUGGCCAAGUACAAGUCCAAAGCCAGGGCAGGAAAGCUAUGCCAAGGACUUGCAUAUAGAGCUCCAGAAAUCUUCCUGGGCCGGCAGUAUUCAGAGGCCAUCGACGUUUGGUCGUUAGGCUGCGUGAUGGCCAGGAUGAUGACUCAAGAUAGUCUCUUUGGAUCAGACUCAGAAUACUGGACACUCCGACGCAUGAUCCAUCUGCUGGAUCUGCCGCCGCAAUAUCUCAUCGAUGCUGGCCGGAGAUCACGAUUAUUUUUUGAGAGAAUGCCAAAUGAUUGGUGGCGGCUGAAGACACCUAUGGAUUAUUUUGGGACCGAUCUCGUCCACUCCGACCCCACAGUUUACAAGUUCGACUCUCUGGAAGAAAUGAAAACGCUGUGCUCUGAGACGGACAACCCAGCAGAGGCUGAUGAGAGGAGGGAGUGCAUCGAGCUGUUGAAGGCGAUGCUUCAGUGGGAUGAUGACGACAGAAUCACCCCCAGUGGUAUCCUCAGGCAUCCCUUUAUCACCAAAAGCUACCUCAGCAGCAGCUCCCCCACCAGCAGUUGCGAUGAAUCUAGACCCUCCACCAGCCUGUCCAUCAUGGUUAAGCCUGCAGACCCUGAAAACAGAAUUAACCUGACAGGCUUGCUUGAUGAGGACAGUGACCUGAAGAGCAGUGAGUAUGAGGACAGUGACGAUGCUGACACUGCUGAAGACACUGAGGACAGCAUGGAUAGUAAUGAGGAUGAAGACACUGAAGUCAAUGAGAAGGAGCAGAGAAAGACAAAGAAGAAGAAGAAGAACUGCUUCCAACGUGUCUUCUCUUGGAUAAAGAAGACGUUCUGCUGCUGCUGUGUGUCCGAUGUGAUGGACUGAGCAGCACUGUCAAGUGUCUUUCACUGUCACGGUUUUUCACUGUGAAGCGUCUUUAACGCAUGGCUUCCCACACUUGAAGAGGAAGGCCUGGUCUUUGCAACAGGAUUCCACUCUUUUCACUUUUCCUGUUCUCUCUCUCCUUCACCCUCACCCCAACCGGUCGAGGCAGAUGGCCGCCCUGUCUGAGCCUGGUUCUGCCGGAGGGUUCUUCCUGAAAAAGGGAGUUUUACCUCCCCACUGUCGCCAAGUGCUUGCUCAGACAGGGAAUCCAAAGGAAACUUUGGAUUUGUUGGAUUUCUCUCUAUAAUUUUGACUUUACUUUUCUUAUUGAAGUGUCUUGAGAUGACACAUGUGAACUGGUCAAUAAAAUUUAUUGAAAAUGAA